UACAAAUUGUAACACAGUUGCCUAUCGUAAAUAUUGUACAUUCCUCUAGGCUAGUGUUUAACUUAGCAACUUUAAGGACUUCAACUCCCAGAAUUCCCCAGCCAACAGGCCUUAAGAACAGUGUGAACAGACUUCAGAAUUCCCACGCUGGCUUGGGAAUUCUGGGAGUCAAACCCCAUCAUAAAAGUUGCAGAGGUUCAGAAACACUGACUGAAGAACCUGGAAUAAUUACCAAGUGUCUGUUUUUCCAGAAUGCCCUGCUUUAGUGUGACAUGCUGGAUUGGGAAUUCUAGCAAUUAAAGUCUUAUAACAUCCUAAAGUUUGAAAAACACUGAUUUAAAAUAUUCCAGGUAAGGCUGGAGAGGACAGAGGGAUUUGUGAUGCUUCAUAUUUACAGUUUGAUUUAUAUACAGCGUAAGAUGGCCAAGUGCAGUAAAAUACUGAUUUUUUAGUAUAUUCACUGCAAAGAGCAAUUUGGAGCAUGUGUGAAAUCAGCAAGGACCUCUCUAUUUUUCUAUCUCUAUAGCUUCCUCCAAAGAGGAACAAGAGGACGAAUUGCGCCUGCGCGCCAAUCGGCGGACAAACUGCGCCUGCGCCGUUGCUUCAGCGGACAUCCGCUCUACCCGCCUGCAACUCUUUGGUGCAAAAAAACUCGAUGGUUUCCCGUUUUUAAAAGAACGAGAGCGCGAAAAGAAAAGAAAUCGGGGGGGAAAAAAGUCGCCGCCGGCCUUUGGAAAAAAAUGCCGAAACCGCCGCAGGAAGGCCCGAAUCCUUUAUUUACGCGAUGGCUGGAGGAAUGGCGCAACCAGGCUGCGGAGAACGGACGCCUCAAGAGCCAACGCGCUUAUGAACGCGCCCUAAGCUCCCUCCGCAAAUAUCCCCUUCCUCUGCGCAGUGGCCGUGAGGCUCGGAUCCUCAUGUAUUUCGGGGAGAAGAUCUGCCGUCAGCUGGAUGAACAGCUGGAGAGACACCGCAGCACCCAGGACGGUACAGCACUAGAAGGGGAGAGUCCUGUGCUCCCUGCAGGUGGGGCCGUCCCGGCAUCUUCUUGCAAAAGCUGGGAAGGCGUUGAUGAUCCAACGUCCAGCUAUAGGCCAGUGCUGCCACCUGCCCUGUCUUCCCGGGAGCCAGUCCAACGUCAAGAGCAAUGCUCAAAGAAAAAGCAGACUGUGCCCACGGCAUCGGCCCCGGGGUUACAUGCCCACUCGGCGAUCUCCAGCGUAUGCUGUACUGUUGGCACUCUACACAACACCAAGAAACCUGAGUCCCGGGGCUAUCUGAGCAAACCAGAACUGCAAAAAACUGCACAGCCUCUGUGUGAUAGAUCUUUUUUUCUGGCCGAUCCUGGAAGUAAGAACAGCGCCUGGUCUGCUGUCAGCACUCUGAUUCGCAAGGAGCUAGUCCUCAAGACUAACAUUCCAGCCAGAUAUUCUCUGACCGAAGCGGGACUGACUGUAGCCCGGGAGUUGUGGGCCUCCGAAGAACCGAAGGAAAACAAUUCCAGCACCCCAAAACCCCCAGCGCCCCAAAGUGGAGAAACCGUCGUGCUUUUGGAGGAAAACAACGGAAGCUCAUCGGAGUGUGAAAAUUCGGACAGCAGCCUCGCCAACAAAUACAGAUCGCGCUGCGAAGGGCCUAACCCUGACUUGUCGAAACCCCAGUUUGUUCUGCAUCCUGGGCACUUUGAGGUGAUCCUCUGCGUGGAUUUCAUCGAGACCACGGGCGGCCCCGCGUCCCGUAAACAGGAGCUGGUGCGCGAACUUCAACGUCACAACGUCCCGUUUAGCAUCCGGAAGCUCCACGUCGGUGAUUUCCUCUGGGUGGCCAGAGAGAGGGGUCCCUGCGGAGCAGAGGAGCUGCCGCCAACCACGGUUCGCGAGCUGGUUUUGGACUACGUGGUCGAACGGAAACGGAUGCCGGAUUUAUGUGGUAGCAUCAUUGACGGUCGCUUUCGGGAACAAAAGUUCCGCCUGCGACAGUGCGGCCUUUCCCAUCCCAUCUACCUGGUAGAAGAUGCGAAUUCCGCGCAGCACCUGAGCCUCCCCGAAAAGACUCUGCAACAAGCCAUUGUCAAUACUCAGGUGAUAGAUGGCUUCUUUGUCAAACGUACCGGUGACGUUCGGGAAUCUGCUGCCUAUCUGACCAUCAUGACCCGUCAUUUGAGCAGACAGUAUGGGGACAAAACGCUUUUGAGCUGUACCAAGCAGGAACUGGAGGACGAGCGCCCCCUGCAGCCCAGGGAGGGUACCUGCAGGCUUCUGACAUUUGCUGAAUUUAACGAAGGAGCUAUAAAGAACAAGGCCCAGACGGUGUACGAAGUCUUCGCGAGGCAGUUAAUGCAGGUCAGCGGCCUCAGCGGAGAAAAGGCGGCUGCCAUUUUGGAAAAAUACAAAACACCCGACAGCCUGAUGGGGGCUUACGCUGCGUGUCCAGAUGCAGAAACCCAAGAGCAUCUUCUGAGUACCAUCAAGUGUGGCCAGCUGCAGAGAAAUCUGGGCCCUUCCCUUAGCAAGACCUUGGCUCAGCUGUACUGCACCCCUGGACCGCUGCCUUGAACACUGGAGAGGCUGUGAGAAGUGUGCAUUGUGCGUGUUUGUGUGUCAGGGUGUGUUUGGGAGAAAAAUAAAAUAAUGGCAUUUACUGUGCUGUCGAUGAAGAGAAAGAUUUCCCACAAUUUGUCACCGUUUGGUAAAACAGGAAAGGCGUGUGCAUCCACAAUACUUGGCAAGUUGUUUUUCCCAGCUUGCACUUUCUUGCACAACCAGGGAGGGAAGAGUUUUUCCAUCUCUGACACACACACACACACACACACACAGAGCUGCCUACCUCUGUCCUGUUGGAUUGAAGAACCGAAGAAAAUAUAUGACCUCACACGUUAACAAAAUCCUAAUUGUCUUAAUACUCCAAUAAAGUUUCUAAUGGUUUUUAACAAGACUUGUCACUUUUCUCCCUUCCAUUCCCCUUUCCUUCCUUCCUUCCUUCCUUCCUCCCUUCCUCCCUCU